AAUUGCGAAAAAUGUGAAAAUUUUCUUUUAGAUAGUUUAAGUGACUUGCAGCGUGCUGUGCAUCAUACACUUGCUGAAAUAAGACGCAAGACCUUUUAUGUGCCUAGGCUAUGGAACAUAAAGAUGACUCUGACGAGGAUGCGCGCGAGGAGGUGCGUCAGAUAAAGCAUGGCGAGCUGCGUGCGGCGGUUAGCGCUGGAGAUGAACGCACAGUGCGAGUCCUCCUCGAGGCUCUGGGGAGAGAGCGGCAGAUUAUUGUAAACGUGGCACCAGCCGGUGCCAAUACUCUGCUUUAUAUUGCCAGUCAAUCAGGCUUUGAGAGCAUCACACAACGAUUGAUUGACGCUGGUGCGGAUGGACGGUCCCACGCGGUGACUAAGUAUUCGCCUCUUUAUGCAGCCGUGCACAAUGGUCAUUAUGGCAUAGCGAAGCUAAUGCUGGAACGCUUUCCGGAGCUGAUACAACAGGCAACUGUGGAGCGCUGGCUACCCUUGCAUGCGGCCUGCAUCAAUGGGCAUAUCAAGAUGCUGGAACUGAUAAUAAACUUCCCAUAUCCCGACUACCUCUAUCAAACAUAUCGUGAUGAAGAGGGGCAAUGGGAGUGGCGCCUGCCCUUCGAUGCGAAUGCUCAAGAUGUGACUGGGCAAACCAGUCUCUACAUAGCCAGCUUGCUGGGAAACAAGCAAUUGCUGAAUGUGCUGCUCAAGUGGCAAAUACGUUGUCGGCGUACCUUGAGUGACGAUUCAGCCAGCUCGACAACGGGUCAGAGUACGCCCAUAACACCGACGCGCAAGCGUAUCUCGUUUGGAAUACAGGCAAUCAUGUCUAAGCUGCAUAUUUCCGGCGAGGGCGAGACGCUCGAAGCUCAACCCACUCAGGAACAGGAGUCGCUGAGAUGUCCACUCCAUAUCAAUUUGCUGUGUGGGGCGGCACGUGAAACAGCGCUUCUAGCAGCAGUUCGCGGAGGGCACUUAGAUGUGGCGCAAGCGUUGCUGCAACAUGGCGCUAAUCCAAACAUUGUAGCAAAGCCCGUAGAGGAUCACAAUGAUCCAAAGUGCAGCGAAGAGAUCUAUGGCCUAAGCAACAUGCCCAUCACCGAGGCAUGCAAGCAACGCUCUCUGGCCAUGCUGGAUCUGUUACUAAAGUUCGGUGCACGCGAUGAUAAUGGCACGGCGAUAAGUGUGGCCAUUGCCAGCGAGGAUGAGGCGUUACUGAGUCGCUUGUUGGCUCGUCGCGUGCAUCCUGACUCGGACUAUAAGAUUAAUAAAAAAGGACUGCCCACACCAGUAGAAGUAAAUGUGUUUCAACCCUCCGCCAGCAAUAUUUCGUAUAGCGCCAUGUUUCCUAACGUUCCUACGAUCAUUGACUGGCAUAGCGUGAAUAUGAAUGUGCAACUGCCCUUUGUGCGGAUUGGCUGGCUGGUAAGUGGGGUGCUCCAAUUGAAUCCCAAGCUUAGUUCGCACCCCAGGCUGAACGAGGUAGCGCUAACAGCCAUCACUCGAAUUGAUUUCUCACAUAAUAUUUUAACCAGCAUUCCGCCGGAGCUGUUUAACCUAGUUAGUCUCAAAUAUCUGAACAUUGCGCAGAAUAAGAUCGCAGAGCUACCGGAACCCCUAGGCAAGGCGUACAACUGUCCCGUAUUGGAUGAGCUCUUUCUGCAGGAUAAUCAACUGACUACUCUCCCGGCAGCAAUUUUCCAGUUGCCCGCUUUGACCAUUUUGGAUAUUUCCAACAACAAGCUGCAGCAGUUGCCCUUCGACAUGUGGCGUGCGCCCAAGCUGCGCGAGCUAAAUGUAGCCUUCAAUUUACUUCGCGAGCUACCCGUACCGCCAAUGCAAACUAGCGGAUCCCUGCUGAGCUUAGAUAAGCUUCAGCUGCUGCAAUCGUGCGAUGAGGCGUCCUCCACUAAGCCGCAUUCGUUGCUGCUGCAAAAAAUCACGCAUCGCAAUCUCUGGUCUACAGCGCUGGACGUAACAGACAAUGACCUGAAGUGGCAGCAGGAACAAGAGCAGGAUCAGGAGCAGGCACAGGCCUUUGCAGAUGGCAAAGUUCCACAUGGUGUCUCACAGCUAAGCAGCCUAAACAUUGCCAACAAUUUGUUUACCAGCAUUCCCGCUGCGUUGCCUUGUUUGGCGGUUAAUUUGACCAGGCUGAACAUGUCCUAUAACAGUCUUCGCUCCAUGGGUCAUGUAACCAGCUACCCGGCCACAUUGAAGCAGCUGGAUUUGAGUCACAAUGAAAUUUCUUGUUGGCCCAGCUUGCCGCGUAUUACGGAGUCCGAUCCGCAUCUGCUAUGCUAUAGUCAUGUACAGCUGCCAGAGAACACAGAUGAACCUGUCUAUAAGGCUUCUAAGGGCAGCAGCUGUUCCUUCCGAGCUUCUGUACUGAAGAGCGUGUGUCGGCACAGGCGUCAUUUACGGCUGGAGGCUCUGCGAACUCUUAUUCUGGCAGAUAACCUACUGACACGCAUCCAACUAUCCACAGAUGAUGCCACGACAUUGUUCAAUGAGAGCGAGGAUGCCGAUUGGAGUGUGGUUGGUAUCAAUAAGUCCAAAGUCAUAUUUCCCAACCUAUCCAUGCUGGACAUGACCAAUAACUGCCUGAAGGAAAUACCCGCAUCCUUGCACGAGCUGAGUAGCCUCUCUGUCCUGAAUAUCAGUGGGAAUGUCCAGAUUACCGAUUUGCCACCUCAUCUGGGUCUGCUCUCACGACUGUGGAAUUUGAAUACACGCGGCUGCCUGCUUCAGGAGCCGCUGCGUUCCAUGCUCGAGAGCAAAAAGCACAAGACUAUGGACAUUAUUGGUUAUCUGAAAUCUAUCUAUGAGGAUGCACAGCCGUAUGCGCGCAUGAAGCUCAUGGUGGUGGGGUCCUGUGGCAUUGGCAAGACCACGCUUCUGGAUCUGCUGCGUCAAGGCAUAGGCAAUAGUUCGGGUGGGUCCAGCUCGCAUCGGUCGCGUGCCAAUGAGAAUCAUUGGGCCAAGCGCAUGGGUCACUCGCGCAGCACGUCGCGCUCCCAGCGCCAGGCAAACAUCUCAACAGUGGGCGUGGACAUUGGCACAUGGAUAUGUGAGAAGCGGAAGCGUGCAACUGGAUGUCAAGCGAUUGUGUUUCGCACUUGGGACUUUGGUGGCCAGAAGGAAUACUAUGCGACACAUCAAUACUUUCUGUCCAAGCGUAGUCUCUAUUUGGUGCUCUGGCGCAUUAGUGAUGGCCACAAGGGCUUAGCAGAGCUGCUGCAAUGGCUGGGGAAUAUUCAGGCACGUGCUCCAAAUUCACCAGUGCUCAUCGUGGGCACGCAUUUUGAUGCGGUAGGGGAAUCGAUCUCUGCACAGCAGGCCGAGCAACUGCAGCAGCUGAUACGGGAGAAGUUUAUAGCUAUACCAGAUGCGGAGAAGAUUGGACUGCCACGCGUUAUUGACUCUAUUGAAAUUAGCUGCCGCACUCUACACAACAUCCAUUUGCUGGCCAACAUCAUCUAUGACACGGCCAUGCAGUUACGCUCCCCGGGCUCCAAGGAACCGAUGCUGCUGCAGAAGAUACCCGCCAGCUAUAUCGCCUUAGAGGAUAUUGUCAAUGUUAUCGCUUGUAGUCUACGUGCUGCAGGCCGCGAUCCCGUACUGGAUGCGGAGCAAUAUCGAUCUAUGGUCACCGAGAAAAUGCGUCUGCAUAACUAUAAGAGUUUUCGUGAUGCCGCUGAGCUGCAGCAGGCAACAACCUGGUGCCACGACAAUGGCAUUCUUUUGCAUUACGAUGAUGCGACUCUCAGGGAUUACUACUUCCUCGAUCCCCAAUGGCUAUGCGAUAUGCUGGCGCAUGUUGUUACCGUGCGUGAGAUCAAUCCGUUUGCGCCCACUGGCGUCAUGAAACUAGACGAUCUGCAGCUGCUCUUCCGAAGUGUGCAUGCGCAGAGCAACGGAAAUAGAAGCUAUAUAGUCAGUUUACUGAACAAGUUUGAGGUGGCACUUACUUGGGAUUCACGAACGUUAUUGAUUCCUUCAUUGCUGCCGGUGCAGGAGGCAGCUGUGUAUAACGAAGGCACAACGGUUAAAUUGCUACAGCGUGUGCGUGGUCGAAAUGUUGGGUGCUCCGUCUCACAGGAGCUGAAUCUCAAUAAGCUCAUCUAUGAGCCGCGUCCCUCGACUUCUUCUGCUUCUAUGAGUUGCCAAGGAUUGCGUCGUAUGUUGCUCAUGACUUACUUUCCUUCCGGUUUCUGGUCACGCUUGAUUACACGCGUCUUGGCUGAUGAGCAAAUUAUUGAGGCCAUACGUGGAGUCUAUGUUGUCUCGCAGGAUAAAUAUCUUGACUUUGAUUUGCGCGGAUCGCUGGAGCAGGAUACACAGUGGAACCUAUGGCAGACGGGUUUAGCUCUAUAUUAUGGACCCAUUUUAAUCUUUCGAAUUUGGGAAGUACCCUUCCAAAACAACGAGCGAACACAGCCUUUUCGUACAACUAGUAAUCGCUUCAAACUCAAGCUGGAUGGUAUUUGGAGUGAUGUGAAUCUAAGUUCCUCCAGCAUUUUGGAAGUUUUCUUUCCGCUGCAUAAUGUGAGCAUUUAUCAAGAACUCGAAGCGGGCAAUAGACAGCUACUGGCUGAGCUGCAGCCGCAUAUGUCGCACGUUGCCAAGCUACUGGCCUUGGUUGUGGAUCAUAUUGAUCUGUUGCUAGAGGAUUGGUACCCAGCACUGGGUACACGCUUUGUGCAUACCUCUGAGGGCCGUUUCCUGAUAACACGUCUUGUGCUCUGCCCACGUUGCUUACGCAAGCUGCAGCUGCAGAAUGGUGCAGAGCCCGGGGAAAAGGAGCCCAGUCUGCCAAAUAGCAGCAGACCUAGUCGUAGCAGUAAACGGGGCACAUACUUUCUGCAUGGCGUCGGUGAUCCUGGAGACGAUGGAGCAUUAAAUGUGUUCUCUGCUUAUUUGAAUGCAACUGCAAGCCGAGAGAGACGCUCAGCUGACUCGCUGGGUGCUGGAUCGGACGCAGACUCGGGUGUAGGACCCGACUCGGCUUUCUCUUCUCGUAACACCUCUAUAGAUGGUCAUCCGACCUAUGCAUCGCAUCAUCUGCCGGAUAACUCGAACGUCUGCUAUGCCUGGAUGGUUGAGGAGUGCAUAUUGUCUGUGUACAAUCAGAUCAAACUCAGUUGCCCGGUUCAUCUGGAACAGUCAAUGGCUCAACUGGCGCCGGAUGUGAUAUUUGCAGAUAUACCCGACAAGCACACGAUUGCCACGGAGUGCAUCGUCAAAGGCUCGCUGCUGGGACGUGGCGCCUUUGGCUUUGUGUUUAAAGCAAGCUGUAAGUUACGUGGAACUCGGGUUUUCCGGCCGGUAGCAAUGAAAAUGCUUCAGCCAGUGCAGCCAGGUGCGCGAGCCAAGGAGAGUGCUUUGAUGGCCUACAAGGUCGCACUGGGCAAAUGGGAUCGAGAUCCGCUGCAGCAUUCCUGCAAGGCCUACUGCACAGCCAGGCAGGAGCUAGCCGUUCUACUCACUUUGAAGCAUCCGAAUAUUGUUCCACUGGUUGGAAUUUGCAUUAAACCCUUGGCUUUAGUGCUGGAACUAGCGCCAUUGGGUGGCCUCGAUGCUCUGCUGCGCCAGUAUAGACGAAGUGGCGCACAUAUUGGUCCACAUACAUUCCAAAUGUUAGUGCUGCAAGCUGCACGCGCAAUCGAGUAUCUGCAUCGCAGGCGGAUUAUAUAUCGGGAUCUCAAAUCUGAAAAUGUGCUCGUCUGGGAGCUGCCCCAGCCUCACACUGAGGAUAGUCCACGCAACCAGGUGCACAUCAAGAUUGCGGAUUAUGGGAUAAGUCGUCAGACAGCGGCUGGUCUGAGUGCCAAGGGUUUCGGCGGCACGGAAGGAUUUAUGGCGCCCGAGAUAAUACGAUUUAAUGGCGAGGAGGAAUAUACCGAAAAGGUGGACUGCUUUUCCUUUGGAAUGUUCAUCUAUGAGAACAUCACCCUGCGCCAACCCUUUGAGGGCCAUGAAUCCAUCAAGGAGUGCAUAUUGGAGGGCAGUCGUCCGGCUCUAACACAUCGUGAGACACAGUUUCCCACUUGUUGUCUAGAUCUAAUGGUGCUCUGCUGGCACGAGCAGCCGCGUCGACGACCAUCAGCUAGUCAGAUAGUUUCAAUACUGAGUGCACCUGAAUGCAUCCAUUUGCUGGAUGUGGUAGCUUUGCCGCAUAACGACAAGAUUGUCUGCGGCGUAUUCCAAUUAAUAUUGACUGGCAUUGACGAGGAGCGUUCCGGCCUCGAGCUGUGGCUGCCUGCCUUUGGCUCACACAUUGAUAUACUAGACGUGGCGCCAACUGGCAGUGUGCUGCAGUGCAGCAGCAUUAGCUGUGCUCCACAGCCACAAGUGGUACCGCCCAAAACGCCCGAAAACAGCGCAACUUCACGAGCACGCUCCGCACAGCGUAUGCCAAAAGUGAAUAUGCUGUGCUGCUGCCUGGUGGGUGAGGCCAUUUGGAUGGGCGAUGUUUCGGGCAACUUACACGCCUAUAGCACAUCGAGCUAUGCACAUCUGUUCUCCUACAUGCUUGAUCCUGCCAUCAAGUCAGCUGUGAUAAGUUUAGUGUAUAUGGAGGGUAUCGCGCGAGUCGCAGUGGGCUUGCAAAAUGGUCGCGUCUUCCUGGUGGAUGCCUGUCGCAUGCCCACUAAUUGUGCCUUUGCCGAGGGCUCAUUUGUACUAACUGAGAUCUGUUCCGGAUUUGUGCUUCAUGCCGCUUGCUCCGUGCUAAUCGAAGGCGUCUAUGAGCUCUGGUGUGGUGAGUUAGCUGGCAAAAUCAACGUGUUUCCAGUUAAUGAAUCUGGGGUGUGUGGUCAUCAGGCCUUGUGUCACAGCGAUGAGCCGAAUCUCAUUGAGGACGUUAAAGUGACGCGUCUUUGUAGCAACGAGAGCCACGUCUUCAGUUGCUUAUAUCCCGGUUGCAUGGUGUACCAGUGGGGAGCCGUCUCGAAGCGCAUUGAAAACAAAUUGGAUUGCUCUAAGCUACUGCCUUGCUCUGAGUCUCUUCAGAGCAUUGCCAUUGAUGAGCACGUAAACCUAAUCAAAUGUCAAAUCUCAGCGCUGGCGGCCCACAAUACAGAGCUGUACAUCGGCACCACCUGGGGUUGUCUCAUUGUAGCUGAGUUGCUUACGUUGCGUCCCAUUAGCGUAUUUCGUCCAUAUGAGAAUGAGAUCAAGGCUAUAAUCACCAUGCCGAAUGCCGGCAUUCCACUAAUAGCUACGCUCGGACGGCGCUAUCGCUCGCUGAUUUCACGUUAUGUGGACAUGGGCGAGUCCACGUCGAAUAAUUCUAGUUCAGUAGCAAGCACGCCUACGCACGGUGCGGGUAAACCCAUGCCCAUAGCAGAUCUAGAUAACCACAUACAUUGCUUGCUUUGGCGAGCCAAGAACUGGACCUAAGUCCGAUCUCAACUAUGUACUAGGUACAAUAUUUAUUAAUAGAUGGCAUAAUAUUCUAAAAAAUACUUUAAAAUUCAUUGAAAAAUCUCUCUGUUUCUCAUAAUAUUUUUUGGUGCAUAGGCAAAUCAACUACGUUUAUUGCACAGAACAAUUAGUAUUAACAGUUAAGCUAUAUGCAGUUGCUUUAAUAGGCAUUUGAACUUGGAAAAGUGUUUUUCAAAUUAUUUCAAGCAUUCCAUUUAAAUUAAAAAAGUUUUUAAUAAAGCUAACGAUGACCAA